AUGUAGAAGAGCAGCCAGAGAGCUGACAUUACACACACCGAGUCCUGCUGCAGUCUCAGGUUUGGCCUCACAAUGGAUAACACCUGCUGAAGUCGAGGGGCCGCAGCGGCAUAUUGAAUAAAGUCACGUCGUCAGUUCACAGGACAUCAGAGACAUAAACAGUCCUAGCCUGCUGAGAGCCCACUUGAACUCUGGUGAAAGGAGCCUUUAGAAGAAAGUCAUUUAAACCACAAAACCUAAAGAUGAGUGAAGACGACUUGUGUAAGAAGAUUGUGUCAAUGAUCUCCAUUAAAGGAAGAUCUGAGAAAGACAUUGCUGCUCUGUCUGGUUUAACACAGAGGUUUCCUAAAGUAAUACAAACCUUCUCUCAUGAGGAUCUCCUCAAGAUCACAGAGUUCUACAAGCCCUACCUGGCUUAUGUGAUUAAAUACGACAUCAGGAGUAUCCUGCAGAACCUGGCCACCAAGAACAUCCUCACCAAUGAUGAGGCCAAGAGAUUCAAAGCCAAAGAAGCGGGUCAGGGGCGGGCAGGUGUGGAGUCCUUCAUCAGUGACAUAAUGAAGAGGGACAGUGUGGUGCUGGUGAGCCUGUGGGAGGCACUGGCUGAAGAACUUGUGAGAUUUCCUUCACCAAACAUGACAAGAAUACUGGAGGAGGUGACAGAGGGCGGACCAGACCUCUUGAUGAACAUUCAGGCCAGUCUCCAGCCCACUCCCAUUGACGAUCGUAUUAAAGGCCUCCAUGAGACACACAGAGAUGGUGUGUCUGAUUCCACAACAAUUCUGGAGGAUCAGGCAUCUCCUGGAGAUCAAUGCACCAGAGCCAUGGGCUUUGAGACACGAUACACAGAGCUGAUGGUCUUUAAACAGUUCAAAAGAACCUACAGUGAGAGGCACCAUGAACUUGAGAAAAUGGGAAGACAACAUGCAAAGCUCAUAGAGGAGCGGACAAAAGAGAAAUGUGAGCGAAUCUGGACUGAGCAGCUUUUUAGGAGGAGUCCUGGAAGUGAGACAGACCCUCACAUUGUAGUGGUCAGUGGGGUGGCUGGAAUGGGGAAGACCACCAUGGUCCAGAAGAUAAUGUUUGACUGGGCCAGAGGCACUCAGUACCAGAGGUUUGCAUUUGUGUUCCUGUUUAAAUUCAGGGAGCUCAACCUACUAGACACGGAGACAGAACCACAGAUGCCUCUGACCAGGCUGAUUGUAAGGCACUAUAAAUAUCUCAAUGACCCAAGACUGACAGAAAUCCUUCAGAAACCCAAAUCUCUCCUCUUUAUAUUUGAUGGACUGGAUGAGUACAAACACAAACUGGACUUCACACCCAGGAAGCUCCCCUCAAACCCAGAUGACUACUUCCCUGUUCACUCUCUGGUUACCAGCCUGGUCAGAAGGACAUUGCUAAAGGGCUGUACAGUUCUAAUCACAACCAGACCAACAGCCCUGGAGGACCUGGACAUGGAGAGAGUUGAUCGAUUUGUAGAGAUCCUGGGGUUCUUCCCUGAACAAAGGCUGAUGUACUUCAAGAAGUUCUUUGGAGAUGCUGAUCAGGGCUGUGAGGCUUUUCAGUACAUGGAGGAGAAUGCCAUCCUGUACACCAUGUGCUUCAACCCCUCGUACUGCUGGAUUAUCUGCUCUGUGCUGAAGAGCCACUUCAUGACACCUGAAGAAGAGCGAGGAGCUGCCCCCAGAACUGUCACUGAGCUCUUUGUGAUGUUCCUUCACAACAUUCUCACCAAACACAAGCGAGAAGACAAGGAACAACGAGAGAUUUUGGUCAAACUAGGAAAGAUGGCUUAUUAUGGGGUGGCCAACAGAACUCUUGUGUUUUAUGACAAGUUUGAGAUGUCCACCUUUGGUCUCCAGCCAGUCCUGUCCUCUCCAUUCCUCUCAGGGUUCCUCAAAGAAAUCCUUCAGAGAGAAAGCACUCUGGAGCACACGAUGUACACAUUCUACCACCUCACCCUGCAGGAGUUCAUGGCCGCCUGCUUCUUCUACCUCGAUCCAUCAGGGGGCAUCGAGGAGCUGCUUGAGAAGCUGGAGUCUUGUAAAGAUGGCCGGUUUGAGAUUCUCACUCGAUUUUUAGCAGGACUGGCCAGAUAUUCUGUGUUUAAAACACUGGAGGGAGUCAUGGGGGAGUUUAAGAUAAAGAUAGCAAAACAGAUACUGGAGUGGGUGAAGAAGAAAGCUGAAGAGUCGCUACAGAGACAAGAUAAAAGUGAAGCUCUGCGAGUGUGUCAGUGGCUCUAUGAGACUCAGAAUAAGAAAUUAAUCAGAGACGCCAUUGGGAAGGAUUUAAAGAUGAGCUUUAGUAAGAUGAUUUUAUCUCCUCUGGACUGUGCUGUGCUGGGCUCUGUCAUCAGCUGCUGUGGAGAACUUGAGGAGCUCAACCUGUCAGAGACAAACCUCACCUCAGAGUGCAUCAGGAGACUGGCGCCGGGGCUCAUCUGCUGCAGACGUGUCAACUUUACAUGGUGUGGUCUCACCUCCAGAUGUUGCUCAGCUCUCUCCUCAGCUCUUUCUGCUCCACACUCACGACUGACUGAACUGGACCUGAGCAACAAUAAGAACAUGGAUGACUCAGGAGUGAAUCAGCUGCGUGAGGGGCUGAGGAGUGAAAACUGCAAAUUAGAGAAACUGAACCUGUCUCAAUGUGGUCUCACCUCCAGAUGUUGCUCAGCUCUCUCCUCAGCUCUUUCUUCUCCACACUCACGACUGACUGAACUGAACCUGAGUGACAACAACAACAUGAAGGAUUCAGGAGUGGAUCAGCUGUGUGAGGGGCUGAGGAGUGAAAACUGCAAAUUAGAGAAACUGGACCUGUCUUGGUGUCGUCUCACCUCCAGAUCUUGCUCAGCUCUCUCCUCAGCUCUUUCUGCUCCACACUCACGACUGACUGAACUGAACCUGAGCAGCAACAACAUGGAGGAUUCAGGAGUGGAUCAGCUGUGCGAGGGGCUGAGGAGUGAAACCUGCAAAUUAGAGAAACUGAACCUGUCUCAUUGUCGUCUCACCUCCAGAUGUUGCUCAGCUCUCUCCUCAGCUCUUUCUUCUCCACACACACAACUGACUCAUCUGAACCUGAGCAACAGCAACAACAUGGAGGAUUCAGGAGUGGAUCAGCUGUGUGAGGGGCUGAGGAGUGAAAACUGCAAAUUAGAAAGACUGGACCUGGACACAUGUGGUCUCACCUCCAGAUGUUCUUCAUCUCUCUCCUCAGUCCUCUCUUCUCCACACUCACAGCUGACUGAACUGGACCUGAGAUUCAACAGCCUGGGAGAUUCAGGAGCUCAUCAGUUGUGUGAGGGUCUGCGGACCCCAAACUGUAAAUUAAAGACACUGAGGCUGUCUGGUAAUGAGAUCAGUGAGAGUGAGAAGAAGAACCUGAGGUCACUACAGGAGGAGCUGAACAGGACUGGACGACAGGUGAAUAUCAAGAUAUGAGAAGACUGAACAUGCUGAUCAACUGACCCCAGUGACGGCGCUCCCUGUCCACUCUCUCUAAAUUCUCCUCUUUUUUCUUUUAUAAUCCCCUCAGCUCUCCUACACAUUUAAUAAACUCUCCAUGUCCUCAUGUCAGCCUGUGUGCUUCUUCUUUAAACUCACUUGUGCUUCUCCAUCCUGUCACCCUGAACUUGUCACUAAACUUCACAAGUUCAGACCAGAGACCCCUGAGUUUCACCAGCCAGAGGACCACAGUGAGAAUUGUCCUCUAAAACCAGCUGAGGUCAGAAUCCCACCGAGGGGAGCAGCAGGAGCAAACAUGGAUGGACAGUCCAGUUGUAGGGUGAUGGAGAGUGAGGCCAAUCCUGGCAUUGGUGUCAAAUUCUGUAUAGGCACCAGGCCAUCACAGGUCAAGCUGAUGGUGGUCUGAGCAGAAACCUCAUAAACCUACUGCUCCUCAACAUCAUGUGGUGUUGUUUGAACCCAUGUCUGCUCCUCUCCUUGUUCACUGCCUCAUUUGCACACAAUUCAUGUCAUCUUCUGUUUGUGACUGAACAGACUCUACCAUGUGCUGGUUUGGACUUCUGUGACACUUCAACACACACACGGCUCAGGUCUCUUUGUCUUCUUUGUCAUUCCCUAAUUGUCACCUCGCUGUCACCUUCACUCGUGUCCUCUUUAGAAAGCAGUGGCCUGAACAACUGAGCCAUUUUAAAAGAAAUGAGAGCAAAAGGACAAGACGAGGAGAACUCAGGCAUGC